AAUCUAAACCAGGCCCAAAGAAAGAGGAUGUAAUGACGCGGGCUCAUUACAUUGCCAACUUUGCAGCCCACUCAUAUCAUUUUAAGGUCGAUUUGUAUCUAAUGUUAUCUAAUAAUAAGUGGUAAUUUAAAGCAGGAGUGGCAUCCAAAGACAUGUCGCGCACUGGCAUGGUGGCUCUCCCGUCUUUCAACGCCGUCCGGUCGGCGGACAAUAAGCCACGCCUGAAGCCAGAAACUGAGACCCAGAAAUUCAUUAACCGCGGCCAGAAACCCGCCGAAUCCAUUGAUAUUUCUGCUACAAACAGCAGCAACCUCGGUCUCGGGCUCGGGUUCGGUAACAAAAAGAGAGAACCCCUCUGGCAAUGUAUCCAGAAUUGCGGUGCUUGCUGCAAGCUCAAUAAAGGUCCGACUUUCCCCUCCCCUGAGGAGAUUUUUGAUGACCCUUCCGACAUUCAGCAAUAUAAGAGCUUGAUAGGACCAGAUGGCUGGUGCAUACAUUACGAGAAGACUACAAGAAAGUGUUCCAUUUAUGCCGACCGUCCUUACUUUUGUCGGGUGGAGCCUGAUAUUUUCCAGACAUUAUACGGAAUUGACAAGAAAAAGUUCAAUAAGGAGGCUUGCAGUUGCUGCAUAGACACAAUUAAAGCUAUAUAUGGAUCAAAGUCGGAGGAGCUGAAUAAUUUCAAACAUGCCAUAUGGGAGACGAGCUCAUAGUGAUCAGUUUGGUUAGGUGUGCCUGAAUUUUUUAGAUUACCCUUUCUCCGUUGUGAGAGGUUAUUCGUGGUGUACCAUAAAAUGAUGCCUUUCAGAGCUUCUGGUAGUUCUUAGUGCUGAAGUCUCAAGUAUAUGUUGUCUAGUUAUGAUUUCUCAGUGUUGCUGGGAACAGGUCAGACUGCUCAUUCUUAUAUAACGAGUCCAUGUCCAUCAGUGAUCAGUGUAUUACUUGUUCCCUUUUUUGUAGAUGUACGGCAUGAUAUUUCCAUCUAGGUCAAAGUUUAGUGUGCCCAAAAGGACGAUAUUCUGAAAGGAUGGAGACGUAACUUAUGGAUGGUUAUGGCAGAGACAUGCCGCAUGGGAGGUGGAAUUUUUCAUCCUCUGUACUUCAUGAUAAGCGGAAACUGUUUCGACUUGCUAGUGGGCUAGAGGUAUGGUAAAUGGAAAAAGCAACAGAAGUGCCGGCCGGAAAGAAUCGAAAGACAAUGUGUAGAUAAUGCCUGGAAGCAAGGAUCAAUCCCAUGCAUGUGUCUAGUUAUGAGAUUAUUACUCUUUGAAGUUGCAGAUGGAGGGUUUUCUGAUAUGAAUCCUUUCUAAUCCAUAUCUUAUAAAUAUCAUAUUUGAUGAAUAAUCACGUCAGGUUUCAAUCUGACAAUACCACUAA